AUGGCCUGGCGUUCUAGUGGUGGAAGUAACGAAGAACUUGUCAACAACUUGCGUAGAAAUGGGAUAUUUAGUGAUGAAAGAGUGAAAAAUGCACUGCUAAAGGUUGAUCGUGGAGACUUUGCGCCAGAUACUCCCUACGGCGAUCACCCAGUUUCAAUCGGCUAUGGUGCCACUAUAAGUGCACCUCAUAUGCACGCAUCCUCACUCCAGUUGCUAAAAGAUCAUCUUAAAGAUGGGGCUAAAGUGUUGGACGUUGGUUCUGGGUCAGGCUAUUUAACAGUUUGUAUGGCUCAUAUGGUUGGCGACAAAGGGAAGGUGAUAGGAAUUGAACACAUUGAAGAGCUUGUUGAGCUCUCCAAAAGAAAUACGAAAAAAAAUCAUGCGGAACUUUUGCAAAGUGGAAGGAUAUUGUAUGUGGUUGGGGACGGGCGCGAAGGUUAUAAACCGGAAGCACCGUACGACGCUAUUCACGUCGGGGCAGCAGCUCCUAGCCUUCCAAAAGAGUUAGUCAAUCAACUAGCCCCUGGGGGCAGGAUGUUGAUCCCCGUAGGUGCUGUGCAGAGCGGCCAAAGGUUCCUCCAAGUCGAUAAGGACCAAAAUGGCGAAGUCAAGGUUUCAGACCUAAUGGGAGUUAUAUAUGUACCAUUGACCGACAGGAGUCAACAGAUCGGCUGA